AUGAAACUAACAAAUUUAGAUGUGCCCCCCAUAUUGAUAAAUUGGUGUGCCAAUUUUUUGCAAGAUCGUCAACUUCGUGUAAAACUUGGAGAAAUAAGAUCUAAUUGGAAACAGAUUAAGGCCGGCGUACCUCAAGGAACUAUCCUUGGUCCCCUGUUUUUCCUAGUGAUGAUCAACGACCUCACCACUACCACCACCACACACCCAUUGUAUAAGUAUGUUGAUGAUUGCAGUACAUAUGAAGUGGUUUCCCGGCCAGCUUGUAAUUCUAUCCUUCAACUAGAUAUUAGUACAAUCUGUGAUUGGAGCAAUACUAACAAUAUGCGGUUGAAUGCCAAGAAAACCAAAGAAUUUCGUGUAUCCUUUUUACAAUCUGAACCUGAAUUUGAUCAUCUGACAAUAAACGGUAGUCCGCUUGAAGUUGUUGAUAGUUUCAAACUCCUGGGUAUCACUCUAAGCAGCGAUCUGUCCUGGAACAUUCACGUUUCAAACAUAUCUGCUAAAGCAAGCAAGCGACUAUAUGCCCUACGAAUCAUGAAACGCCAUGGUGUUCCAGUAAAGAAUCUAAUCUCCAUCUUCUGUUCAUUCAUUCGUCCAGUGCUUGAGUAUGCAUGUCAAGUUUGGCACUCUUCUCUGCCAUUGAUGUUAUCAGAUCAAAUCGAACACAUCCAAAAACGAGCUUUAAAGAUUGUGUUCCCACACCAUUCAUACGCUGAAGCCCUUGAUAAAGCAAAACUAAAAACACUUCAAGAACGAAGAGAAAUUCAGUGUCUGUCCUUGUAUCAAUCUAUUUUAAAAGAUGACAAUAAACUAAACAAUCUUCUUCCAAGUCCUAUUACACAUAAGUAUAGUUUAAGGAAUCCAAGGAAAUAUCCUCUAUUUAAAUGUAGGACUGAACGUUUUAGAAAUAGUUUUAUUCCGUACUGUGUUGCAAAGUGGGAUUCUCUGGGUAGUUAGUAAACUUACAUUUUUAACUUAGUUAACAUUAGUAAACUUACGUUUUUAAAUAGUUGUAUUUCAAAUUACGUAUUUUUAAUCAUAUAGUAUUAUGUAAUUUCAAGUUUUUCAGAUUGCCAAUCAUUUGAUAGCAACCUGCCAUUUGAAAACUUCAAUAAAUUCAAUUCAAUCUGGAACGUCUGGAACAUCUGGAAUAUCCGGAACAUGAAUCUCAUAAAUCAGUUUUUACAAUUUUUUUGCGCAAUUUGGCAAUAUUAACCUUGAUAUUAACACGGAUUUACGCCAUUUAAACUUGUAGAUUCAGUCAAUUUUGACGAGUCCACGAGCCUAUUUGUUGAUAUGUGAAAGGUAUAUACAUAAAUGCUUCUAAAUUCUGUUAUUAUUUUCUCGACAGUCGCUAUAUAUAAACUAAUUAUAUAAACUAUGUCGAUAGUGGAAUAGUAUUUUGCAGGUUUCAUAUCUUCGAUUCAGUGAAUGUUAUGUAGAUGCAAAUACCACCAUUAGAUUCAGUGAAAUAAUAUCUCUUAAUUCCUAACGAUAGUUUUUAGCUAAUAGUCAAAGACAACCAUUAUAGGGACUUACGAGCCUUGAGUGGUCAAGCGAUAUUAUAUUUUAAAAAAAUGACAUAACUGUUCAAAGAGUGUAAACAAUGUGUUACUAAGCCAUAUCUUUCGCCGAACAUAACUUCAGACCCUUCGAACAUAUAUCUUUUUCGUUGUAGUCUUGUUGGAAUCACAAUCUAAAACACUAUUUGGAGUGUUAUAUUUUCAAGCCUGUAGCUUUCGUUUUUCAUCUUUUAUUUCGGUAUUUCAAUCUGAAGUAGUAUAGUCUUCUCAGCGGGAUAUUUCUAAAGGUCAACUUACAACUGUUACUCUUUAUUAACCAAUUUUAGCAUGCGAGUAAAAACCCGACAUUUUGAAAUCAUCAAAAUAAAUAUUUUUUACUCGCCGUAUUCAGACGAAACUUUCUACAUGAAAGCGCUUGAAUACAAGGAGUAUUUUACUCGAUUGACUUGGGGAAAUUCGGUAUCGAAAAGAUAUUUCUUGGGAAGAUAUUCAGAAUUUAAAUACAAAAAAUAAAUAAAAAUUUAAAUUCAAGGAUCUGAACUGCAAAAUAGUGAAAACACCAUUCCACUAUUGGCAUGGUUUAAUUAGCGCCUGUCGAGGAAAUAAUGCUGACAUAAUUUUGAAGCCUUUACCUUUCAUUUCCUACAAAUAAGCUCGUGGACUCGUCAAAAUUGACUGAAUCUACAAGUUUAAAUGGCGUAAAUCCGCGUUAAUAUUGCCAAAUUGUGCAAACAAAUUGUAAAAACUGAUUUAUGAGAUGUUCCAGAUAUUCCGGAUGUUCCAUUCCACGUUUUAGACGUUGCUUGAAUAGUUGAAGAAAUUUGUGUUUAGGUAUAUUUCUGCGCUUUUAAAAUUCACCUUUUUAACAACUUUUAAUUGGCUUAUUUCAUAUAAUCAACUCAAAACAGCUUUCUUGUUGGUGGCAGAUAAAAAUUUAGUUGGUUACUUAACUUGAUUGACAGGUUUUCUUUGUUUGUGACAUUUUAUCCAAUCAAAAUUCAAGAACGAUGACGUCAGUGGCAAGUCGUUCCUAAUUUCGUAUGCAACUUCAUAACCUGUUUCAGGUGUUAGUUUUCAUUGCAUCUGAAAAUCUAACAUUUUUGACCGCCGUUUACAGCGCUAAACGCAUGAAAAUCCUUCAAACAAAAGGUGGAAAUCUAAUUUUUCAGGUUUGUCAUAUAACAAAAAUCCUAUUGAAUGGUUUGGCAUAUAAUGCCUGCCGAGCAUUUUACUUGUUUCUCGCAUAUUUCCUUGCCCUUUCAGGAAUCGGAAAAGUACGUUCGAAACUCGUAAAAUACUCGGCCGGACCAUAUGUCAAACCAUUCAAUAAGAUAGAUAUGUAAUUCUACGAUUUCUACCGUUUGCCAACAAUUCAUUUAUCUGGCGAGGAGGCUAGAGACCACAUACCUUUGCAUAUAUUGUCUUCGUCAUAAAAUACAUCACCGCAGACACAAUUGUAUUCUCCAUGGUAACCAUAUGGUACACAUUUGCUUUCGGGUUUUUGCAUGCUGCAGUUUAUGUUUUCGCAUGCAGGUUUAGCUACAAAAAAAUAAGAAGCUACUAAUGCAGAAUAUCAUGGUUAGCAAAAAGUUAACUGUGGUCGAAGUAUGAAGUUCAUGCCAACAUUAUUCAAAUUACCUAAUUAAUUUUGAGAACAAAUAUAGGCCCAUGUUUUGCAUUACCCUAUAACGCCUACAAUAUAUCUAUACCAUAUUAUACACUGCGACAAACUUAUUUAAAAUAUCGCGUGAGAUUUACUCCUCAACUAGAAAUACAAUCUAACGCAACCCGACCCUCGGAUAUAAUAUCAAGCAAGAAAUGUCGGUAUGUAGCACUAUACAAGCGAGGUUCAGAUUUGACUACCGCUACCGCUACCUUAAGUAGUACACGCAUGCGCAAUGACAGCCAAAUAAUUUAGUUCCCGUCGUGAGUUUUGGCUUCGCUACAUUAAAAAAGCAAAAUAAAGUCGUCGAGGGAACCUUUCCACAGGUAAGCAUUUUUUGACAAUUUUCUGCGAAAAAUAUCAACUUACAGAGCCUCACAAGACACGAGUAUGAUCUUAAUUUAUUUUAUUAUUAAAGUUCUUCACAAAAAUGAUUUUUUAACACAGGAAAAUUUAAUACGAAGGAAAAACAGUGGCAACUCAAAUACUUGAGCAUUUAUAGAAAUGACCGCUGAAAACGAUGUCUUUAUAGACAAAACGAUUGAGAAUAAUACGUAAGUUUUAUAUCAUUUAGUCUUUGUAAAAGGUUUGCAUUUUAUACAUGCUUCACAUUUAUGAAUUAUGGACCCUUUAUAGCACCGUCAUGUUUAAUUUCCUCUUACAGAGUUGGUAUAAAACCGCAAAAGGCGAAAAAUUUUAGAUGGAAACCUAAACAUGAUAUUUCGCUCUUAAUUGAGGUGAUUUCCACCGAGCCUUACAGAUGGAGACAUGGCUCUCGAGAAUGCGGAGAGGCCUUUCGAAGAGUUGCUGAAAACCUAAAACUAAUACCUAAUUCUGCCUUUCCCAUCAGCCUCAAUCAACGUGGAGUUCGCACUAGAUUUUUUGAGUUGCUUGACUCUUUCAAGAAGCAAGAAAGCACAGAAGCUAGGGCGACUGGUAUUGAUGCAGAGUUUGAUGAAAAAACACAGUUGCUAACGGACAUCCACAACCGUAUGAAAGAUUUCGAACUUGGCUUCGUCCAAGAGAUAGAAAAAAAGCAGGAGCAACAAGAGAAAGAAAAGGCAACCGCAGAGGAAAUGCAGCGAAAGGCAAGUGAAAAACUCGGGGAAACUUCACAACGAAAAGAGCUAGUUACCCCAAGCAAAAAGAGAAAGUCUACUGAGUUUGUGGAAAACUUAAAGCAAAAAGAAGAAGGCAACAGACUAAAUAAAGGCAGCUAUAAAUAUUCGCGAGGAAGAAUUAAAAUUGGAAGAACAAAAGCUAGAUUUCCAACAAGGGAUGCAAAAUCAAAUGUUGGAGCAAUUGAGAAUGCAGCAACAAUCUCAAGCAGCAAUGUUUAAUUUGUUUCAAACCUUUUCAGAUAAGUUCAAGUCCCAAUAAUUUUUCUUGAAU